AUGAAACUCAUCAUAACAGGUGCAAACGGUUUCGUAGGGAGGGAGUUGGUGAGACAGAGCCUUCGUUCCCCUGCUGUAACCGCGGUCAUUGCUCUUUCCCGUCAGCCGCUUGAGAUUCAGGCAGAGCCUGGUCCCGAUGUCGACCCCUCGAAGUUGAGAAAUAUCGUCGUUGGAGCAUAUGACCAGUACUCUGCCGAGACCAAAGCAGACUUUGCCACUGCUGAUGCAUGUAUCUGGACCGUGGCUAUUACGCCUUCGAAAUUGACUUUUUAUGACUGGAAUGAGAUUCAUCGAGUUUGCUACGAAUCACCUCUUGCCGGGUUUCGGGCGAUGCUGGAGGCCCGUAGCUCGUCAACGGCCACCAACAAUAAUACACCUUUCCGUUUCAUAUACAUGAGUGGUGCUAGGACAGAGAGGGACCAGUCUAAAACUCCAAGCUUCAAACCCGAGUACUCACUUUUGCGGGGAAAGACUGAGACCGCGGUCUUGGCUCUCGCCAAACAGCACGACCUACAAACCGACGCAUGUGUUGUCAAGCCUGGACUGAUAACCGCACCCAACGACUUUAUGAAGAUGGCUCUUGCGUAUGUAUUAAGCUGGACUAUAUCAUUGCCAAGUAUUGGGGUCAAUGAAAUCUCGAGUGCAAUGUUGAAUCAGUCAAUAUUGGGCUUUGAGAAGGAUACACUUGAGAAAGAUGAUCUAGUCCGUCUGGGGAAAGGCGGAUCGUGA